CUUACGUGAGUGCCAGCUCCGCCGGUGAUCGCCCUCGUAUCCAGGUUCCCGGGAUAUACAGUACCUGUAUCAUGUAUGUAUGUACAUAAACCCAAGCUUCAGGGUCUCUUCCCUUUCUUUUUCCUGUCGUCACCAACCAGUCCUUACUUUUUGCCAUCCCCUGCCAUCGAUCACUUUCCAUCCCAUAUUCCAAGUGACCAUACAUCAGAGUCCAAGUCACAAAGUCAGCAAUGUUGCUCGUCAGCCUCCCCAACCGGCCAUACCGCUACCAUCAACAACAACAACACCAGCAGCAACCGGAGCCCACCACCAUGUCAGACACCACCACAACCACCACCACCACCACCACCCCGGAUACUAUUACUCCACCCUCAAGCCCUCCCCCACCAAAUCCCAGAGCCGCCACCGAGGGAGAAACAACAGCAACAGCAACAGCAACAACAACAAUAACAACAACAGACCCAACCCGGCAUGAUGAAACUCAUGAAAGUGCAAAAAGACCAAAACCAAGACCGGGCGCAAUCCUCGUCCGCUCGCGCCCCUCGCCCACCACCACCGCCGCGGCGGCGCCAGAUAACUUUACCUCCCACGACCUGACUCGCUGGUACGAGCAUAAGCAUAUCCCCGAGGUGCUUGCCACGGGCGGGGUGGGGUUUGCCGUGCGGUAUCAGCUCCAAGCUUCUCAGCAGCAAGAACAGGAACAACAACAGCAACAACAGCAACAACAGCAACAACAGCAACAACAGCAACAACAGCAACAACAGCAACAACAGCAACAACAGCAACAACAGCAACAACAGCAACAACAGCAACAACAGCAACAACAGCAACAACAGCAACAACAGCAACAACAGCAACUACCGAGGCUCAGCAGGGCAGGAACGAAGAGGAAACGUCGUCGUGGGACAGGAGGAGGAGGAGGAGGAGGAGGAACAGGAGCGGGGGGGAAGCGCAAGCGCGCUGGUCUGUCUGGGGAGUCUGCGUCUACUACUACUAGUAGUAGGUCUGGGUCUGGGCCGGGAGAGGGAGAUGCGGAAGAAGACAGCCAAAGUCAUACUCAAGAUCAGAGCCAGACUUUAGGUGCGGAGACUCAGCUCCCCUUCCUUGCCGUGUACUGUCUGGGGGAUAUGGGCUGGUUGCAUGACGACGGGUGUCCGUUCUGGGGGGUGUCUCUUGAGCUGGACGAGGAGAAGCCCGAUGGACCACUUGGGUUGGAAAAGGGGGAUGUACCAGUGGAUUCUGCGGGAGGGAAAGGGGUCAGGAGUGUGGUGGAGGUGGCUGAGUUUGAGGCUGGGUUUUGGGAGGUUGUGGCAAGGGUGGGAUUUGGUGAGGAUGAGCGGAAAGGGACGCCGGGGCCAGAAGGCCCCGCGAAGCACCUGGUUCUGGUAUAUCUCGAUGCCGCACAAGGAGAUGGGAACGACCCAGAGACAGUGUUACGAGUUUCGUGGCCGGGUCUGACCGCUGUCGGGCGCGUGCGGUCGACUUUGUUCAGGACUGAUCCGACGUGUCCGUGUCCGCCCGCAGCCAGGGCACUCAAAGGGGAGGGUGGGAUACGGCCGGACGAGAAGAAGUACUUGUGCAUGCACGAAGUAUGGGCGGACGGUGACAAUAUGGCUGCUAUCCUGGUCGCAAACACACUCCAUUACACGCUCCUAAGUGCCUUUUGGGGUGGGGAAGGGGGGAUAAUUUGAGUAUCGAGAGGAUACCAUCCCAGGCCUUUUAGGAGGAAGACACUGAACACGUUGCAGAGGACUAGGUUGGGAAUGGUCCUGUCAGACGUAUCGCACAUGCUCAUUCGAACAGUGAUGGCUAUUGAUAAAAGGAUCAUGGG